AUGCACGCCGGGCUCCUGGGGCUGUCCGCCCUGCUGCAGGCGGCUGAGCAGAGUGCGCGCCUCUGCACUGCAGCUUACUUCUUUGCCACAGGAGAGACUCUCUGGGCGUGGCUGGCCCUCUCUGUCCUCCUGCCUGGCCUCUUGGUCCAGGGCCUGAGCUACCUAUGGUUCCGAGCAGACGGGCACCACAGCCGGCCCUGGCUGGUGCUGCUGCACCUCCUGCAGCUCGGCGUCUGGAAGCGGCACUGGGACGCCGUGGCCAUCCUUCGGAAGGGACGGCAGGCGCCUCACUCAGACCACCUGCAGCUGCAGGAGGCCGACCUGGCAGCGCUCCGGCUCCUGGAGGCCCUGCUACAGAGCAGCCCCCACCUGCUGCUGCAGACCUACGUCUCUCUGGCCUCGGGCUUCACAGACGCUGUGGCUGGGGUCAGUGCCCUGCUGUCCUGGUCCUCGCUGUCUUGGGCCCUCGUGUCCUACACCCACGUCCUAGACGGCAUGAAGCCGGGCCGCCGGGCUGGGCCGUGGGCAGCACUCUUCUGCCAGCAGCUCUGGCGGAUGGGCAUGACGGCGACCCGCGUCCUGAGCCUGGUUUUGUUCUGCAGAGCCUACCGAGUGUGGGUUUUGGUGGUCGGAGACGUCAUCGACAGCACCUGCCACUGGAGGCUAUUCAACCUGCUGGUGGGGGCUGUGUACAUCCUCUGCUACCUCAACUUCUGGGACAGCCCUUCCAGAAGCAGGGUGGCCAGCUUCUACCUGGUCAUGCUGCUGGAAAAUGUCAUCCUCUUGCUGUUGGCCACGAACUUUGUCCAGGGGCCAUUGUGGACCCAGCUGUGCACCGUGGCAGGGGUGCUGUCCGGAUUUGUGAUCGGCAGCAUCUCUCUGGUCGUGUAUUACAGCCUGCUACACCCACAGUCCCCGGACAUCCGGCAGGGCUUUAUGGCCAAGUGCUGCGGCCCGGCAGAGAGUCAGUCUCCAGCCUCACAGAGGCCCGAGAGCCCAGGCUCAUGCCUCGCAGAGAGCUCCGAGCUGCCCAGUCUGGAGAAGCCCUGGAGCCCCGAGCAGAGCUCCUCAGAGCCACAGGGUGGGGGCCAGAGUCCGGGGGAUGUCUCUUUCCACAGUCACCACCACUGGCUACUGGUAAAACUCGCCCUGAAAACUGGAAAUGUGUCUAAGAUCCACGCUGCCUUUAGAGACAGUGGCCCUUGCUGCUCUCCUCCCAUGUGGCGGUCAAGCCAGCUCUGUGAGGCACUGCAGGAACCCCCGUCUGCCCCCCAAAACCCUGCAGCCUGGGAGGAAGGCCCCAAGGUGCGAGGUGCCCCCAGAGCAGAGGUGGACUCCCUGGAAGCCUCAAGCUAUGUCUCUUUCACCAGUGACCACCAGGAUGGUGCACCUGCUCAGGGGUCACCAGGGUCACAGAGCGAGGGUGGUGCAGGGAAGGGGGCCAAGGUGGGGCCUGGCACCCAGUGGCAUGAUGCAGGGGGGCAGCCAGGAGGGCAGGAGGGCCAGCAGAGCAUGACACUGUACUUCAGCGCCACCACCCAAGAGGCCGCAUCCUUACCUCAGCAAGACUGCCUUACAAGUCCCGGGGUAUCCCACUCCAGAAGGGGGAACCCUGCCCAGCGGGCCUCCCCUCGGCUCAUUGCUGAGCCCUCUCCCUGCACUAUGGCAGACAUCAGUCCCAUCCUCGGUAGUGGGCCAGGCAGAUGCUUCUGCCCCAGUGUGGGCCUCCCCGGGGCAGCCCCUGGGGAGGAGUGGCAGGAGCCCACGGAGGACCCAAGCUGCCCCACCCCUGUGAACAUGGGGGUGUCCCUGCAGAGGCGCAGCCCAAGAUCCAUGGACCAGCCCUGCCUGACCUCCACCCCGAAAUCAGAGCUGAUCCCGCAGGACUGCAGCCAUGGGGGCAGGCUGCAGCAGGAGGCCAGCUUCUUUGUGUGACCACAGCUAUAGCAAGGGAGGACAGACAGCCCCUCCAGACACAGCGUCAC